AGACUCCGAGGCUAGAAGUUCCUCAAAGUUCCAUUUUAUUAGAGAUGCCAUAUUGACACAUCUGGGAAAACACAAAUUUGAAAGCUUCCAGGUUUUCCCCACCCAAAGGAAAGUUGAAGUCCCUUCCCCUGCAUCCACAUGUCCAUCACAUGGUCCAAUCACUCCACUGUCCCAACAGGAGAUGGCUCCCACGCUACUCCAGGUGCAGGCAAAAUGUCCUUGGCUCCCAGAGAAAAGAAUGUUGUUAUGGGUAUAUAUCUCUACAACUCCAUGCAAUCCCCCCUCCCAGUUUUCCACAGUACUAAGUGUGGCAGCCCUGAAGAGCCAAAGAAAAAGAUGGCCUCCAGGGCUGACAUCAAGGGCAGCCAGUGUCUCAGUUGCUUAAGGUUUCUGAGAGCCACAGUGACCCAGAAGGCUUCCUGCAAAGUUGUUGUCUAUUUGUUUUUGAUAUUGUUAUUAAUUUGCAAUCUUAUUUUAUAGAGCUUAUAAAAUUCAAAAAUCAGAAAAUUUAACAAAAAUAAACAUGUGUGCACUCUUUUCCAUAUUGAUUCCAGGGGUGAAAUCUACUUACCUUCGGAAGCGGUUUGGAAGCGCACGUGCUGCACACGUCACAUGCGCGCACAGACCUUCUCCACAUGCGCAGAAGAGUGGACCUCUGAGUCGGCAGUCAUCUUCCAGAGCUGCUCCAGAAAGGCUGCUUGUGAUGGAGGGGACCGCUCUCUUCUCCCACCCGCUCUGGUUCAUCUGCUCCUUGACCCUCCUGGCGCUGCUGUGGGUACGAAGAAGAAAGAGCUGGAGGCCGGAGGCUUGUCCCGUAGACCUGAGUGGCAAGACGGCCAUUGUCACUGGAGCCAGCAGCGGAAUUGGCAAGGCCAUCGCUCUUGACCUGGCACGCAAGAACGCACACACAAUCCUGGCCUGCCGCUGCAGGGAGAAAGGCCAGGCUGCGGUGGAGGAGAUCCGUAGAGCCACAGGAAACCCCCAGGUGCAGCUCCGUCUGCUGGACAUCAGCUCCAUGGCCUCUGUCCGUGACUUUGCCAGGAGGUUUCUGGAGGAAGGGAGCCAGCUGCACAUCCUGGUGAACAACGCGGGUGUCACAGGCCUGCCAUUUGCCAUCACGACUGAGGGCUUGGAGCUCACAUUUGCCACCAAUGUCUCGGGUGCCUUCCUCCUCACCAACCUGCUGCUUGGUACCAUGAUGGCCUCUGCUCCGGCUCGCAUCGUGAAUGUGUCUUCCUUCCGGCACUUCUAUGUCAGGAAGGUGAACCUGAAGUGGCUGACGGGGGAGGAGCGGCUCAAGAAUGCCAGCCAGGCCUAUGACUGCACCAAGCUCAUGAACGUCAUCUUCACCAUGGAGCUGGCCCGGAGACUGCAGGGCACUGGCGUGUCGGCCAACGUGCUCAGCCCAGGAAUCGUCCGGACAGAGAUCCUGCGCCAUUACGGCCGGGUCAGCCGCCUGCUCUACUGGCUCUGCAGCCCUUUCAUGAGGAGCCCCCAAAAGGGAGCCAUCAGCACUCUCUACUGCGCAGUUGCCCCAGAAAUGGAGGGGAUUUCGGGCAAGUAUUUUGACAGCAACUGCACACUGGUACCGCCUCAAGCCCUCGCACAAGAGCCAGGCCUCGGCCAGAGGCUGUGGGAUGCGCUAGAGAAGGCCACAGGCUUCAAGACAGACGGAAGUCAGCAGGUGGUCUCGGGCCCUCUGCAAAGGGAACGUUAGGGGGCUUCUCCCUCUUUUCUGGCCAGGGGAGUAGAAAAACUGCCGCUCAGCAACAUGCGUCUUCUGACUCCCCUUCCAAGAAUUCUUCCCUGCAAAGUUGCCAAGCCCUUUAACUGAGAACCAUGGCCAGAAAAGCAAAAUUCACCCUGGAUUUUUUCUCAUGCUGUGAAUGAAGGACCUUGAGGACUGCUGGGGGCCCUCCAGCCCUCUGUUCGAGUUUGUGGGGCCGGGGUCUGCUUUGAAUCUCUUUUCCCAGGCUGUUUGCAUGAUGGAUUAAGUUUCUUGGGAAGCUGGUCGGAAGCUCUCAUCUCCUGAUGGUUUUUGUCUGGAGCCGAGGCUCCUCUCGGCUUCAGCACCGUUUCUCUCUCCCCAGCGAUGCCUUUGCAGCAGGUCAGGCUUCUCCUAGCAUCCUUUUUCUUUGCUGCCCUAGUUCUGCUGUGGGGUUUUGGCCUUUAAACCAUGAAUAUUCUGAUUACAAUGGAAGAGUGAAUUGUGCAUUUUCUUACUGAAAUAGAAUAACCAAGUUUGUUUUGCACUGUAAUCUGUAGUAAGAGUCUAUGAGCUGCAUGGAAAAUUAUUAUCCGGUGGAGAUCAUUUUUAUUUCUGAGUCUAGUUUGAACCAGCCAUCUGGGCAACUGGAUGCCCUCAACAUGCCCCAUGAAUAGCCCCACCUGCUUGGGGAUGGGAGGAGCUCAGUGUUGCAAGGACCAGGCCGAGGGCCACUCUCUGCCUGUAGAGGCCCUCCAAGUGGGUCACUCGUCCAUGAAGACUCAGGAGUCACUCACUCUCCAAGGUGGCCCAAAGUCCUUUCAAUGGUGGCCUCCCAUUUGCCCCACUGCAGUGGAUGAAGCACUGGGAGGAUGAGAGACACAUGGACUUUGUGGUCUUUAUAUACCCAAAGCCAAAGAACAGGGCAGAGAGCAGAGGCUCCUGGGGCGUCUCUUGAUGGAUGCAGCUCCAUGUCCCUCACGGCUCCAAUAGCUACUUUUAAAGGUUGCUGUAACAAAGCAAAAUGGAAACAGAUCUUAAAAAAAAAAAUAGGGACUGAACUUUCCUUGGAAAAGCUCCCUCUCUCCAAGGGACAGUAUUCCCAGGGUCUGGAAGCUUGUGGGGAGGGGGUGUUUUGGGAUGCAGGUUGCUCCUGCAGUAUGUCCCAUUCACGGGAAUCACUUUGCAACAGCUUCUGAAACCAGGCCCCAAAGAAGCUGCUCAGCCAUCACCCAGCCAGAAAAGUGCCUGUCUUGAUUGGCCCGGGAGGGGAGGUUGCUGAAACCAGCUAGCUUUUCCUAAACGGAGCACAAGCGGCAAACGGAAACACUGCCCCUCUUCGACCUGAACACCGUUAACAGACGUGAACUUCUCAGGCUGGCCAAGGAAAUCUGGGAAUUGAAGUCCACCCUAAGUCCACUGGCAGAGCAACUAAGAUCAAGUGAGGUACUAAUACCACUCUAUAAAGCCCUAGUAAGACCACACCUAGAGUACUGCAUCCAGUUUUGGUCACACCACUAUAAAAAAGAUGUUGAGACUCUAGAAAGAAUGCAGAGAAGAGCAACAAAGAUGAUUAGGGAACUGGAGGCUAGAACAUAUGCAGGAACUGGGCCUGGCUGGUCUAGUGAAGAGAAGGAUCAGGGGAGACAUGACAACAGAAUUACAAUAUUUGAGGGGCUGCCACAGAGAGGAGGGGGUCAAGCUGUUUUCCAAAGCACCUGAAGGCCAGACAAGGAAUAAUGGAUGAAAACUGACCAAGGAGAUAUUCAACCUAGAAAUGAGGAACUUUCUGACAGUGAGAACAAUCAACCCAUGAAACAGAAGUUGCCUUCCGAAGUUGUGGGAGCUUCCUCACUUGAGACUUUCAAGAAAAGAUUGGACUGCCAUUUGUCAGAAAUGGUAUAGGGUCUCCUGCUUGAGCAGGGGGUUGGACUAGAUGACCUAUAAGGUCCCUUCCAAUUCUGUUAAUCUGUUAACUUUCUUUGAAUAAAUCCUCUCGACCAGGAAGAGCAUUUCAAAAGAUGGGGAGAGAAAUGGGACAGCUGUGGGAUUCUCCCCAUAAAGGCAACCUUUUUGUGAGCAGGUCCUCCAUUACUUUGGCUUAUGGCUGGAGGUUCCAGAGAAAUCUAACUCUUUGUUUAUAAACUCUUCAUUAAUUAUAAUUAUCCCGAUGUUAUUUCUUCUUUUGGGGGGUCCAGGAAGCAAAUUCUAAACUAGCCAGCAACUGCAGUGAAAUUCCAAGAGCGAGAACAAGAGCUGCUCCAGUGGUGCAAAUAGGUUAUUAACGUCAAAAUGAAAUGAAGCCAACUAUGCCCGGUGAGUUCUCUGCCCCUGCCCCGGCCUCUUACACCCGGACCCAUGGACUUUGAAAAGAAAUGUUUCCAACAGCAGGCUCUUCAAGCUCCAGGGGUUAUUAGAGACCAAGACGAUGGCUUGGCAGGUCUUGGAGAGGAGCUCCCCCCUCCUGAGGAAGAGCAAGGACAGGGGUGCCUGUGCAGUUCCUUGGCAGGGUUUUGUGAUUUGAAACAGCACAGCCCUUCUCAGCUGGAAGCUACCUUUCCCCUGUGCCCCUCACUCUCCUUUCUCAUUCUGAGGAAUGGCUCAAGAUCUCAGGUGACAUGACAGGCUGAGCUCCUUCACAAAACACACUAUUGUCAAGAUUGA